GGGCGGGGCGGGCGCCCCCUGGCGGCGGGACCGGAGGAAGGGAGCGCGUCCCGGUCCCGGUCCCGUUCCCGGUCCUGCUCCCGGCUCUGCUCCCGGUCCUGCUCCCGGCUCUGGUUCUGCUCCCGGUCCUGGUCCCGGUCCCGGUGGCCCCGGAGUGUCUCUCGGUGCCACCCCGUGUCCCCAGGGUGCCACCCCUGUCCCCGCCGGCCGCGCCGCCGCCAUGAGCGCCGAGACGUUGGUCAAGGACGUCAAACCCGGCCUCAAGAACCUCAACCUCAUCUUCAUCGUGCUGGAGACCGGCCGGGUGACCAAGACCAAGGACGGCCACGAGGUUCGGACGUGCAAAGUGGCCGACAAGACCGCCCCCGAGAGCCAGAACGGGAACGGGCUGAGCCCGGGGGUCCCCCCCGCGCACCCCCCGAGCGGCCGCAUCACCCGCAGCCAGCCCGGCCCCGUCAGCAACGGCAAAGAGACGCGGCGGAGCGGCAAGAGAUAA